GCCAAUUAUCACCUUGCCCAAGUCAUUAUUUGUACCUUUGCAGUAUAUAUGUUCAUAGAAGCUCCGACAGCUCAGUGGCUUGCGGCUAUUUAUUAGAAAAACAGCUCAACGAGAAACCCAAAAACAGUAGGCAAAUGGACUUCUAUUAUCGACCCGGAUCUGCGCCCUGUCGAGCGGUCAUUAUGACGGCCAAGGCAAUUGGUGUUGAAUUUGAUAAGCUGAUUUUCAUCAACACGCGGGCCGGAGACCAGUUAAAGCCGGAGUAUUUGAAGUUGAAUCCACAACACACCAUACCCACACUUGUGGACAAUGGCUUCUCACUGUGGGAAUCGCGUGCCAUAAUGGUCUACUUAGUGGAGGCGUAUGCCAAGGACGACGCCUUAUACCCGAAAGAUACGCAGAAGCAAGCGCUGAUCAAUCAACGCUUAUACUUUGAUAUGGGCACAUUAUACAAGAGCUUUGCUGAUUACUACUAUCCGCAGAUCUUUCUGAAGCAGCCGCCAAAUGAGCAGCACCACCAGAAAAUUGUGGUUGCCUUUGAGUUGUUAAACACAUUUCUGGAGGGUCAAAGCUAUGCUGCUGGCGAUAGCUUAACCCUGGCUGAUAUUUCCCUGCUGGCCUCUGUUUCCUCCUUCGAUGUGGCAGGUUUUGACUACAAGCGCUUUGGCAAUGUGGCCAGAUGGUACGAUCUGGCCAAGCAAGUAACUCCCGGCUGGGAUGUCAACUGGUCGGGUUGCCUCGAGUUUCGCAAGUAUUUUGUCAAUUAAGCGAUAAAUAUGAAUUCUGUUUCUAAUAAAGAAAGCUUAUUUUAUUGCACUUGAUUCU